GCAACAUUAAAAUAAAUAAAUGAGAAGAGUCGGAAAAUGGCGGAAUGUGAACCGCAAACCCGGAAUUGGGGUGGGCCCGCCCCAUAUCUGCUGCAGCCAAUCCCAUCUCUCCUUCCCAUAUCACCUUCCUCCUAUUCCUAACCAAUUUCCCUUUCCUCUUUUCCUUCAUCCCUUUUAUCUAUUUCUGAUUUUCUUCCCUCCAAACCCAACCCAUCUAUCCGUUUGUUUGAUCAUCAAUGCUGGACCGAUCAUAUCAUAUAAUAUAAAUAUAACCAAGAAUCAUUAUUCCCUCGUUUAUUCAGAUCGUAAUAAUUAUCACAACUGGAAAACAAAUAUCAGUUACAGGCCAACGCUUCACAACAAGAAACAAGGAGAGGUUCUUGUUCCUCUGCUCACACACAACCAGCUCAACCCUCUCUCUGCUCAUUACCCUCUUCCUCAGCCUGCUGCUCUGCUGUUGGAGUUCAUCGGAAUUCAGUCCCAAGGUAUGCCCAUUUCUGUUUCACAUCUCUCUCGUCUAAGCUGCACCAGCUUUGUAUGGCCAUUUACUCUUUCUUUCUCUUGCUUGCUGCUACCUACUAACAAUCUCCUGGGUUUAUGUAUGUAUGUCAACCCAAACCCAACUCCAGAUUCUCAUUCUAAUCACUUCCCACCCCAGACCAGACCUUUGUAUGCAUGUAUGUGUAUUUACCCAUUAGAGUUCAACUUUAUGUGUUUACUGCUAACCAUAGAGCAUCUAGCAUCAACCACAACGCUGAUUCAAACCGCUGCUUGAAUCUUGUGCUUUCUUUCCUUAAUCAUUUAGCUGUUCCAUGAGCUGCGUUUUUUUUCGUUCACCAUGCCAUUGUCUACUGUAUUGAUGUGUUCAACUUAAUUAUACAAGCAAGAAGCCAUCACAUAUGUGAAGCUGGAGAGUGAUUUGUUUCUUUGUUUGAUCACCAAUUUAGGAGGGGAAAAGACUGUUUCUGUUGAGCCCUACUGAUUUCGUUUCGCCCACAAAGGGCUUCAACCGCCAAAUUUCAUGUCGGGGAAGAAAACUUGUAAUGGUUAUUGAGGGUGCUGGGGAAGAAGCCAUAUGAUGGCCACCACUGCAGUCAUUGGACUCACUGCAGGAAACAGACUCUUGCCUUCUUCUUUCCAUUACUGUUCGGAUCCUCCCGAGAAGCUCUUCUGUAGCAGCAGCUCCUCCGAACAUGGAUCAUCCCACUCUCAAUUCACUUCAUCGAGAAGCAUUGUAGUUGCCAAGAAGUCAUCAUCAUCACAUUAUGGCCCUGGCUACCAGGGUUCCAAUAGGACCACGCAUUCCAUUAAGGCCCUGAAAGACCAUGUUGACACUGUAACUGCUGCAACCACAUUGCCCGAAACUACUUUCAAGGAUUUGGAAGAAGAAGAAGAUGAAGAAGAAAGUUGUGAUGUUCUUGGCUACUCGGUAGAGGCGCUUCUUCUGUUACAAAGGUCUAUGCUGGAGAAGCAAUGGAGUCUCUCAUUUGACGAGAGGCCGGAUUCAUCAUCUGCUGUUGGUAAGAAGAAAGGAAAGAAGAAGAAGGUUCCAGUAGUUACCUGUUCUGGGGUCUCUGCACGGCAAAGGAGAAUCAACACUAAAAGAAAAACUAUUGGCCAGAGUAGUAUUAUCCCUGAGUUGGUGCACAAUCGCUUGACUGGUUACGUGAAGGGUGUGCUGAGUGAAGAACUGCUCACUCAUGCAGAAGUUGUGCGCCUGUCCAGGGUUAUUAAAGCUGGUCUCUCCUUGGAGGAACGUAAAUCCAGGCUGAGAGAAAGACUGGGAUGUGAUCCCUCGGAUGAACAACUGGCGGAUUCCUUGAAGAUAUCUCGUACUGAACUGCAUUCCAAACAGAUGGCUUGUUCAUUGGCAAGAGAGAAGCUGGCAAUGAGCAAUGUUCGCUUGGUUAUGUCUAUAGCGCAAAAGUAUGACAACAUGGGUGCCGAACUGGCUGACCUUGUUCAGGGAGGUCUGAUUGGACUGUUGCGUGGCAUAGAGAAGUUUGAUUCUUCAAAGGGGUUUAAGAUUUCUACCUAUGUUUAUUGGUGGAUUCGUCAGGGUGUCUCAAAAGCUUUAGUUGAGAAUUCAAGAACCUUAAGGCUACCUAAUCAUCUGCAUGAGAGGCUAGGCCUCAUAAGGAAUGCUAAGAUCAGACUCGAAGAGAAAGGAAUAACACCAUCCAUUGAUAGAAUUGCAGAAUCACUGAAUAUGUCAGAGAAGAAAGUUAGAAAUGCUACAGAGGCGGUUAACAAGGUCAUCUCGAUGGAUCGGGAUGCUUUCCCUUCCUUGAAUGGCCUUCCUGGAGAAUCCCACCAUAGUUACAUUGCAGAUAAUCACUUGGAGAACAACCCCUGGCAUGGAGUAGACGAAUUGGCACUCAAGGAUGAAGUGAACAAGCUAAUCGAUUUGAGUCUUCAAGAACGAGAACGAGAGAUCAUACGCCUUUACUAUGGCCUCGACACAAAAUGCCUUACGUGGGAGGACAUCAGCAAACGCAUUGGGUUGUCGAGGGAAAGAGUGAGGCAAGUUGGGCUGGUUGCAUUGGAGAAGCUAAAACUUGCAGCGAGGAAAAGGAAGAUGGAAGCCAUGCUACUCAAGCAUUAAUUGAGUAUAAGAAGAAAAAAGAACACAACUUUACUGUGUAGUGUAUAUAAACAGGAAAAGAGAAGGAAAUCUGUAUCAAAAUUCUCUUGAAAGUUUCUCCUUUUCUCUUUUGUUUUUGUUUUUUUUAAUCAAGAGUGAGUAUCUUGAUUGGAAACUCCAAGGAAAACCUAAUUUGUAGAGAGUUUGAUCAUCAUCAACACACUCCUACUGACUAAGAGCUUUUGUAAGAAUAUGGAAACAAAAAAGGUUUUUUCGUUGCAAAUCUAUGGCCAUGAAGUUACGUUAUUAUAUUUAAAAGUUAGAAUACAGACAUUUUGAGAUA